UCGUGCAGAAAGGCGUUGCAUGGCAAUGCACAACAGAAGUUUGUGUAAACUUUGAAUUCAAAUAUUGAAACAGAGUGUCUGGAAGUGAAUUCUCAUACAAGAGAGCAGGAAAAAAAAAAAAAAAAUAUUUUAUACUCUAAAUUUAAAGGUAAAAUGAUUGAAGAAGCGAAAAAAGCAGGUAUAGAUGCGCCUGUUGAAGUGGAAAGCCAGUUUAUUUUAAGAUUACCGCCUACGCCUGCUGCUGCUUUAAGAGCAGCAGUGAGAUCUGGUGUUAUGAAUUUAGAAGACAGACUCUCUAUUCAAUUAGAAGCUGAUAUGAGGAAUUCUACAGUACAGUUUGAUAAAUGGACAUUACCUGCAAAAUUGUACGAUUUGCCUACAAUUAUAGAAUCAUGUAAAACAUUGGAUCGUAAAAUAUUUUAUAAAACAGCAGACAUAAGCCAAAUAAUGAUCGCUCAUGAGGGAGAUGCUGCGAAAAGCGAUGAAGAAAUUUCUCCUAAGAAAAAAGACAAAGAUGCAAAGGAUAAGAGGUAUAUUCUGCCCUAUGGACUUACUCCUCCAUUAAAGAAUGUAAGGAAGAGAAGAUUUCGGAAAACGCUAAAAAAGAAAUAUGUUGAUUUUCCAGAUGUUGAAAAAGAAGUUAAAAGACUUUUAAGAACAGAUACUGAAGCUAUAAGUGUAAGGUAUGAGGUUGUGAAUGCUGAAGAUGAAAAAUCCGAUAUCAAAAAUAAUGAUGGUGUUGAGGGUCCAUUAUCCCUGGAAGAGAGAGAACUUAGUAAUUCACAAGCUGCAGAUGUUGCAGAAUAUGAUAUAUUUGGUGAAGUUCUAAGCAGUUCAGAAGAGAGUGCUGAGGAAGAUGAUGUAAAUGUUGUUGAUGUUGCCGAGAAGCAGGCCAGUAGAAAGUUAGACAGUAUCACUGAAGAACAGGAAAAGGGAGAAAAUGUAGAGGAAAUUAAAUCUGAUAAAGAAAUAAUCAAUCUUUCAAAUAGCAUGCAGCUCAGUCCAGAGACUGCGGAGCAGUUCGAAGAUCAGGAAUAUGGAAAUGAAAAUGACAGUAUUGCUGUUUCACAGUUAGAAUCAGCUACAGCGGGUGAGAAUCUUGGUCAGUUAUUGAAGGAACAAAAAACAGAAGAAGAGAGAAUGGCACUUAUGGAGAAGCUUGAGGAACUUGAACGUACUAUUGCAGUCUUGCAAGAUAACCGUAGACGACAGGAAGUAGAAAUAAUGAGUAUAGAAAAUCAAGCUCUCAAACAGAGGUUUCAAGCUAAUAUAAAUCGCUUAAUACAAAAUGAGUAUGAAAUACAGAUGGAAUAUAAUGAGAUAUUUAGUAUUCUUCAGGAUAAUUAAAAAGAUUAGUGGCACUUCAUAUAAUGAAGGGGAAGUAUUAAUAUUUGUGACUCCUCAUGAAAUUUUCUGCAACAUGUCUACAGAAAAGACAUUUUUAAUCCUGAUUGUCCCGAUUCUAAUCUCAAUCCUCUGUGGAGAAAACAGCAACUAACAAAGUUAUAAAAAAGUGGAGGAAAAGACAGAUAACUGUCGUAGAAUCAUAGCUGUGGUCUAAUGUCAUUAUACAGUACAAAGUCUUUAAUCUGGACUUGUCGGGACUUCAACGAUUCCGGAUUAUAGAUCAUCAAUUUAAAUCUGAUACCUCUGUCUUCUUUCUUGCUACUUAUUUGGAUGUGAUGAAAUCUUAAAAAAAAUUCUUGACUGAAAAAGAAAUCUUAUGAGACUACCAGAAAUCGAGAUGAUAAGAUCAUUGAAUGUUGGUAAUUCAUUCUGGAUUUCAUGACAGUGACUGAUUAAACUAACCCCAUGGAAUUAGCACCAUCAGCUUUAGCAUUUUCUUUGCAUAUAAUUUAAAUGUCAGCAAGUUUCCAUUAAUAAUAUGUCUUCUAUAAAGAUAUGGUAAUUCGUACUGUAUUUCAUGCCAGUGACUGAAUAAAUUAACUCCAUGGAAAUAGCACCAUAAAUUUUUGCAUAUUCUUUGCAUAUAAUUGAAAUGUCAGCAAGUUUCCUUUAAUAUGUCCUCUAUAAAGAAUACUAUAUUUUGAGAAAUUUGAAUUGCAUGCAUGUUUCUAGGUAGUAUUUAAAAAAACCAAUAGUCACCAUUUUUCAACACUGUAUAUAAAUCUAAUAUAAAAUAAUAUUUAUAAAUAUUUUAUUAUCAGUAUUUAUGAAACUGGGAAGGCAACAAUAGAAUGAAGUGGUCUAAAGACAUUUUUUUAGUAAAUUGUCUGAAGACUUUUUUUAAAGAAAAGCUGGAGCUAUCAUAAUAAACAAAGUUUUAAUAUCACCAUAAAUUUUUCGCGUGAAAAUACUAAUUGCAAAAUUAAAUAACUGAUUU